AUGGUAAUUGGACAAAGGAGGACCCUUUACCAGAACUGGGUUUUGGGAUCAUGCUUUGCUUUGUUACAUGCAACUGAUGAAUACGGAGCUAGUACACACCUUCAUUUAUUAGUGAAGGAUGUGCAUAAUUUGCUAGAAGGUUUGUGCAUAGUUGUCACUUUUGAUAAACAUCAUGCAGCAAUAGGAGAAGUAGCUGGACUCCUUGCAGGAGUUUGUGGGCAAUUGGCCACUGAUUCUGCUCGAUUUUGCUUCAAAGUGAGUGAUAACUUGGCCAAACGAUUUUUUCUCCAAUCACUUGGCAAAAAAUGGAGGGAACAUAGGAUAAAGCUUUGGAAUGAUUUUUAUGAUCCGAGGUUGAGUAAAACCGAGAUCAUAAAUAAUGCACCAGAAGAUAUUGCUCCUGAUCAAUGGGCUUUAUUUGUAGAAUAUCGUUUGAAGCCUGAAACUCAGAAACUUUGUAAGAGGAAUCAAGAAAUUCGGCAAAAACAAAUAAUUCCUCAUACUUCAGGUGCUAAAUCAAUUGCAAGAAGAAGGGCUGAAUUGGAGAAGAUUGAAGCAUAUAGCAGCCAACAACCGAUGGAAUUAACUCUUAAUUCUCCUCUUGAUGCUCUUGGAGUAGUUUUUGGGAAAGAGCACCCUGGUCGUGUUCGAGGUUUAGGUAUGGGAGCUGUUCCAACAAUUGCUUUCAAGAACAACACUACAAGGAUUAGUCAAAUGAAUUUAGGUUCUUCAAAUGAUGUUGGAACAUCAUCUACUUGUGGUCCAAAUGUGCAAGAAGAGUUGGAUACCGUUAAAGCGCAAUUGCAAGCGCUAGUCUCCUAUAUUGCUUCUAAGGAAGGAGGUAAAAUUCCAAUACAAUUGGCUGGAAUGUUCCCUACUCAACAAGUUUCACAGGGAUUGGAUCAGGAGAGUGAGAUUCCAUCACCAAAAGAGUUAGGAAGUAGGUCUUCUGGAGCAAGCAACAAGAAAGCAUGACCUUGCUUGAUAUGUUAAGACAAUUAUAAGUCAGAAUUAGUCAAUGCUUGUUAAGGAUUAUUUUGAUACUUUGUUUUUUGGAUUAUGACAUUUCAAUUAUGACUUGGAUUAUGACUUUUGGAUCAUGUAUGAAUUAAAAAUCAUCUUAUGAUGUUUGAUUUAUGGCUA